AUGACGUCAUCAGUGACACGUGUCCACUCGUGGUGGGCCGUUCCUCACAUGGUGGUGGCGGACUUGGCAUGGCUGCACAUGAGCCCCACAGCGCAGCAGGCAGCCAUGCAGGCCCUCAGUCCCCUCAACCCCUUCUACCCCUCCCUCUCGUCCUUCCACGCAUCGUCCAUAUGGUUGGAUGUCAUCAACACCACGGUCAUGCCUGCCUUUCAACCCUGGCACUACUCCCUCUCCGCCCUGCCUGCCUCCUCGCCUGGCAUGUCCCAACCACCUUCACCAGCACCACCGGUACCAGCGCCGGCGUCGCUGGUGGCUGUGCUCAGCAGCGCGCUGGCUGCCCUGCAAGGCGACCACAUCGAUGUCUUUGGCCGUGCCUUUGUGCUCCGAGUGCUGCUCAACCUGCUCGCUGACCUGCACCAGCCACUGCACUGCGCCGACAGGCAGCACGUGGGCGGGGGCGAGGCAGCAGGCGGGGGCGUGGGGGCGGGGGAGGGGGUGGGGCCCGUGGGGGGCGGGGGGUGGGCGCGGCAGGUGGCAGUGGAGCAGUACGUGGUGGAUGAAGCCGACACGCUCUUUCACUUCUGGUCCGCCUCCUCGCCUCCCCCUGCCUCCCUUCCACACCUCCCGCUGCCUCCUCCCUUCCACACCUGCCCCGGUGCCGCUCUCUUGCUCCGCGUGCUGCUGCUAUGUGCUGCUCUGGAGGCAGCAGGGGGGGCGUUUGAGGAGGUGGCGGGGGCGGUGAGGGGCGACAAUGCACGGCCAGCAGCAGCGUUUCACGUGGAUGAGAGGGACGUGCGCGCCGCUGCCCUCGCCCUUGCUGCCCAGUUCCCGCUCUCCGCCUUCACUCCACGCGAGGUGCAGGAGGUGGAUGUGGCAGCGUGGGCAGCAGGCAGCGGCAGCAUGACGGCAUCCGUGGUGUACUCUGGUCCCCUGCACACCGCUGCUGCACCAUCAUCAGCAUCAGCAUCAGCAUCGGUGCCUGGGACGGCUAGCCCCGUGCUGCUCACACACGACUACAACAUCCAUGUUCAGGAGGUGGCCAAGUCACAGUUGGCACUAGCAGCAUACCGCCUGGCAGCGCUGCUCAAUGCGUCCUUCCCACAGCCACUCUCCCAGGACCCAGACACCUACUCCCCCUGCAUAUCACUGCAGGACGCAGCUCUCUCUUUCCUCCUCCUCGUUUGCUGCCUUUUCUUUUCUCCUACCCCUUACUCUUCACCCCUCCCUCAACCCUCCCUCAACCCUCCCUCACCCACUCCCCAUCCACUGCCGUCCGCACUUGCCCCACAACCACCACCGGCCAUCACCACACAAGCAGAGGAGCGGGGGGCGAGGGCGGCACCUCUACUGGCAACGGCGCUGGGCAUGGCAGUGGCAGUGGCGCUGGCGCUGGUGGUGAUGCUGUACAGGGAGAGGGAGAGCAUGCAGAGGCAGAUGAGGGACUUGCAGCAACUCGUGCACCAGGACCCGCACAGUCCCUCCGGGGGACUGCUUGCCUCCUCCCAGGGCUUGUAA